CAUGAAUCCAAGAGACCAUACUUCUUCUCCCGCAACAGCCGUUCUCGCCGCAAAUCCCAGCCAUUCAGAAACCAGGGCCUCGGGGCCCUUGCUUAGUCAAGUGGCGGUUAUCGGAGGCGUGGGGAAACCCCAGAGUUGUCUCACGGCCCGAGGUUGAGGGCAGCACCGUGCAGUAAACAUCCCCCCCCAUCUUUUAAAACCACUCCUCCUUUCCCUCUCCUCAACUCGACCCAUACGGCUCAAUUGCAAUCACACACAGAAUGUUUCGUUCGAUCCCGCGACGACUCCCGCGGCAGCUCCCCCUUACAACUGCGCCAAAACGCCUUGCCCUGCGCUCCUUCACGUGCGGUUACCCUCGGAUGUCAUCACCGCCCGCCGUACACCCACCUGUGUCAACGGCACUGCCCUCCGACGCAUACCAGCUUCUGUCCACGGCAGACAAGGCCGGUCCUGCGGAAGAUGCGCUGUAUGAGCAGCAAGUGCGCGACGUGCAAGCUUGGUGGAGCUCGCCUCGAUACGAGGGUAUCAAGCGGCCUUAUUCUGCCGAGGAUGUCGUGAGCAAGCGCGGCUCGUUGCAGCAAACAUAUCCCAGCUCGCUGAUGGCGCGGAAAUUGUUCAAUUUGUUGAAUGAGCGGGCGGCAGCUGGAGAGCCAGUCCAUACGAUGGGCGCCAUUGACCCCGUCCAGAUGACCCAGCAAGCUCCUAACCAGGAGAUUCUCUAUAUUUCCGGUUGGGCAUGCUCAUCACUACUGACCACUACCAACGAGGUUUCCCCGGAUUUCGGAGACUACCCUUACAACACUGUGCCGAACCAGGUGCAGCGCUUGUUCAAGGCGCAGCAGAUGCACGAUCGGAAGCAGUGGGAUACGCGACGAAAGUUGACCCCCGAGCAGCGCAAGGAUACCCCCUAUGUGGACUAUAUGCGCCCAAUUGUUGCGGAUGGUGACACCGGACACGGUGGUUUGUCGGCAGUCCUAAAAUUGGCCAAGCUCUUCGCUGAGAAUGGCGCCGCGGCUGUACAUUUUGAGGACCAGCUUCACGGUGGUAAGAAGUGUGGCCAUCUGGCUGGCAAGGUCCUCGUUCCUAUGGGAGAGCACAUUAACCGCCUGGUGGCUGCGCGCUUCCAGUGGGAUUUGAUGGGCUGCGAGAACCUGGUCAUUGCUCGUACCGACUCAGAGAGCGGCAAGCUGAUCAGCAGUGCCAUCGAUGUGCGCGACCACGAGUUCAUCCUCGGUGUUGCAGAGGAUGUGGAGCCUCUGGCCGAGACUCUCCAGGCAAUGGAGCGCGAAGGUGCUUCACCUGCCGAGAUUGACACUUUCGAGGUGAAUUGGGUCAAGGAGCACAAGCUCGUUACAUUUGAUGAGGCUGUCGACGCACACCUUGCGGCCGAGGGUGCCUCCCAGUCCGCCCGCGAGGCCUACAAGUCUCACGUCCAGAAGAACCCCGAUCUCUCCAUCUCCCGCCGUCGUGCCCUGGCCAACGACUACACCAAGUCUCCCGUCGUCUGGUCGUGUGACAGCCCCCGCACCCGUGAAGGAUACUAUCACUACCGCGCCGGCUUCCCCGCAGCGACCAAGCGCGCCAAGGAGUUCGCCCCAUACGCCGAUCUCCUCUGGGUCGAGACGGGCGACCCCAACGUCGAGAAGGCAGGCAAUCUCGCCGCCAAGGUGCACGCCGUGUACCCCGGCAAGAAGCUGGUGUACAACCUCAGCCCAUCAUUCAACUGGAUGGGCCAGGGCUUCGACGAAGCUUCGCUGAAGUCGUUCAUCUGGGAUCUCGCCAAGCAUGGAUUCGUCCUGCAACUCAUCUCCCUAGCUGGUCUCCACACCAACGCCACCAUCACGACGGAGCUCUCCCGCGCAUUCAAGGAUGAGGGCAUGCUUGCCUACGUGCGCUUGGUCCAGUCUCGCGAGAAGGAGAUGGGCGUCGAUGUCCUCACUCACCAGAAGUGGAGUGGUGCCCCCUAUAUCGAUGGUAUUCUGGGUGCUAUCCAGAGUGGAAGUAGCAGCAGCAAGAGUAUGGGAGAGGGUAACACGGAGAAGGGUGAUUUCCUUUUCCUGACUUCUGGUGGUUAUGAUGUAUGAAGCUAAUCCUGUGUUUCCUAGGUUUCUAAAUUGCGAUUUGAUAAAAUUCCUGUAAUGAUUUGCGUUAUACUAUAGAUGAGCUUGCAUGCAAAAUGAUCAUAUUUUCAGUCUGUAAUUGGUGAAUUGCCUGAACUCCCUACGCGUUCGCAUCGCCUCUUGUCGUCUCCUUCGAUUGGCGGGGAUGCCGAGAGAGCGCUAGCCAUUUUAUUCUAUGAAGCACUUUACAAUCAAAUUUUGAUUGAGAGCAACAAUUCCUCGAGUUAAGGUUCUACGUUUCCAGCACGUCCAGUCAUCGAAAGGAGUCCCACUGUGCACGGACCUGGUGCACAGGGCUACUUCUCAUAAUUCUUACUCCUG